UAACAGCGAACCUCCUCCCGACUCUCCCACUCCUCCUCCUCUGUCCGCUGUCUUCAUCUUUUCUUUAUUUGCUGGGAGAAAAGGGCAGAAAAAACACGUACAGAAAGAGAAAAAGUUAACUUCUGCCCAUUUGUUUAGGUGUUAGAUUGUUUUAGAUUGUUUGAUUUUCUUCACACUGACAGCCGUCAUUGGCCUGCGAGCUUCAGUUUUCCUUUAGUUCCAAUGGAAAGUUCAGCGCUGCCGUUAGCCCGCUAGCUUCAGUUUUCCAUUAUUCUUAGUGAGAAUGAGCGGCUAGCGAUAGCCUAGCUUCGGUUAGAGUUCGAACGGAAUUUAAAGUGUUUACAGUUGACAGGUUUAGAAAAGGUUUCCAAAAGUGACUUUGAACUGUGUUCUUUCAUUUUAUCUUAAAGAAGGUUGUUGAGCGGCUUUGGAUUAAGUUUGAAUGUGUUGGGAAAGUUUUGAAAGUGUUUGGGGAAGAAGGAAGCAGGAUGUUUUGACAGCGUCUGACGGGAGGAGGACCAUGCAAUCAUUCCUCGCUCGCCCCCGCCGUUAGAGUGUGUGUGUGUGUGUGUGUGUGUGUGAGUGUGUGUGAGUGAGAGAUUCAGGAUGGGGUUCGGUCGGGAUCUGAGGAAUUCUCAUGAGGGAUUACUGAAGCUGCAGGACUGGGAGUUAAAGCUGCUGGAGACGGUGAAGCGUUUCAUGACACUGCGAGUGAAGAGCGAUAAAGAGUAUGCCACUCUGCUGCUCAGCAUGACUCAGCAAACUGAGAAACAGGAGGCCGCUGAUUAUGUCAGCACUGUGAGCAAGUCGUGGUGUCAGGUGAUUCGUCAGACGGAAGCGUUGGGUCGAGUUAUGAGGAGUCAUGCUGAUGAUCUGAACUCUGGUCCUCUGCACCGCUUGGCCACGCUGAUCCGCGAUAAGCAGCAGGUGAAGAAGAGUUACCAAAGUCUUCAUCAGCAGCUGGAGAGCCACAACCACAAGGUAACCAGGAGUGACCUGGACAAGCUGAAGGCAACGUAUCGUCAGCUGAGCCGAGAUGCUAACAACGCCAAAGAGAAAUACAGAGAGGCUCUGGCCAAAGGCCGGGAGGCGGAGCGUGCCCGUGAGCGUUAUGACAAAGCGACGGCGAAGCUCCACAACCUUCACAACCAGUACGUGUUGGCGGUGUGCGGCGCUCGAACGCAGCAGGAUGAACACCGACGCCGCGCCGCUCCUGCCCUGCUCGACUCUCUGCAGAGGAUGCAGGAGGACAUGACGCUCGCCCUUAAAAGUAUCCUGGAGGAGUACUGUCAGAUCAGCAGCCUGCUGACGGAGGAGAUAGUCAAAGUUCAUCAGGAGAUUUCAGCAGCUGUUGAGCAGAUCGACCCGCUGGCAGAGUACCAACACUUCAUCGACGCCUACAGGUCUCCGGAGACUCCUGAGCCAACCAUAGAAUUCGAUGUGUCUCUGUUGGAGGAGACGGACAACCUGCCGGCCAAUGAGAUCCUUUGGAACACGUUGACGGCCGACACCCUGCAGGCCAUGUUGUCGUCGGCGACGGAGGAGCUGCUUCUGACUCAGCAGAAUCUGCGGACGAAGGAGGCGCUGGCUGAUGACCUCGAUUCCAAAAUUCAGACGAGUCAGCAGAGUGCCGAGAGGAAGAGCGAUUGUGUCCUCCUGCUCAGUCAGAAACUGUCUCUCCUCGAGCUUCACCACGUUGUCCAAUCACUGCGUGGCUCUGAGGCCCGCCUUGCCUCCCAGAAGGCCCUGCUUGACACUAAGAUGGCCGCCUCUGCCUCCCCACCUCCGCCGCCACCUCCGCCUGCACUGCCGUAUGAGGACGACACCCGCUCCGUCGGAUCCACGGAUAAAACAAAGGAGAAGAGCUCUCGGUUUGACACGCUGCGUCAUUCUCUGGCUGGAAUGAUUCGUUCUCCUAAGGCCAUGCUGGGCUCCUCCACCUCGCAAUUCUUUGAUGUGAUCCCAACGUCAGAGCGCCCCCUGGCGGAGCAGGAGUGGUACCACGGUGCCAUCCCCCGCACAGAAGCUCAGGAGUUACUACGGCAGCAGGGAGACUUCCUGGUGAGGGAGAGUCACGGCAAACCGGGCGAGUACGUCCUGUCUGUGUUUUCUGACGAGCAGAGACGACACUUCAUCAUCCAGUACGCCGACAAUCAGUACCGGUUUGAAGGCACAGGCUUCUCCACCAUCCCUCAGCUCAUCGAGCAUCAUUUCUCCACCAAGCAGGUCAUCACCAAGAAGUCUGGAGUCGUGCUGCUCAACCCCGUCGUCAAGGAUAAGAAAUGGAUCCUCAACCAUGAGGACGUGGUGCUGGGGGAGCUGCUUGGAAAGGGUAACUUUGGCGAGGUGUUUAAAGGGACGCUGCAGCGUGACAAAACGCCUGUCGCUGUCAAAACGUGUAAAGAAGACUUGCCUCCAGAGCUGAAGAUCAGGUUCCUGUCAGAGGCCAGGAUCCUGAAGCAGUACGACCACCCGAACAUCGUGAAGCUGAUCGGUGUUUGUACACAGCGACAGCCGAUCUACAUCGUCAUGGAGCUGGUUCCUGGUGGGGACUUCCUGUCCUUUCUGAGGAAGAAAAAGGACGAGUUAAAGACAAAGCAGCUUGUUCGCUUCUCUGUUGAUGCUGCUGCUGGCAUGGCAUACCUGGAGAGUAAGAACUGUAUCCACAGGGAUCUGGCAGCGAGGAACUGCCUGGUGGGGGAGAACAGCGUGUUGAAGAUUAGUGAUUUUGGGAUGAGUCGUCAGGAGGACGAUGGUAUUUAUUCUUCAUCUGGACUCAAACAGAUUCCCAUCAAAUGGACUGCACCAGAGGCUCUCAACUACGGUCGUUACAGCUCAGAGAGUGAUGUGUGGAGUUAUGGGAUCCUGCUGUGGGAGACCUUCAGUCUAGGGGUGUGUCCUUAUCCUGGGAUGACCAAUCAGCAGGCUCGGGAGCAGGUGGAGAAAGGUUACAGAAUGGCGUGUCCUCAGCGUUGCCCUGACGACGUGUACAAAGUGAUGCAGCGGUGCUGGCAGUACAACCCUGAAGACCGACCCAAGUUCUCUGAGCUGCAGCGAGACCUCACCGCCAUCAAGAAGAAGUGAUGACAUCAUCACAUCUCACCACCAUCAAGAAGCCAUGACAUCAUCACACCUCACCACCAUCAAAAAGCGAUGUCAUCAUCAGAGACAAAAGAUCAAAGUUCGUCACUUCUUCAGCAGGGUUACCUUUGUCUCAUUUUUGUUUGGAGGUGGGUGUGGUCAGCAGGUGGGCGUGUCUUCAUUUAAAAAAAAGCACUAAACAUUUUGGUAAACACUAAAGACACCAGGAAUGAUGACAGCACACACUGAGCAAGUCUGUUAGCAAAACACUACAAAGUGACACAGUUUAAAAUCACAGAAAUGCAACAAUAUUGUAAGUGCAAUUUCUCAAAGUAGAUGCUGAUCUGUUAGCAUUUAGCUGAUGUUUGAAAUCUCUGAGCUACAGUGUAAACACAGCCAAAAACUACUGUCAGGUGCUAAUGAGGUUAGCAUGGAUGUAGCAGCUGCACACUUGCAAAAAAAAUCAGACUUCAGUUAUGAUGAUUAAACCUGUAAAAACCUGCCAGUGAGACAGGAAGUGACACAUGCAGGAUUGCUAAAUGAGCUAACCGUUUAGCACGAUUUUAGAGGGUUCCUGCUCACUACAAACAGACAGACAAAUCUCCCUAUUAAAACUUCCUGUUCUAUUUCUUACCUGUUGAAUCACUGAGGUCAAACUGUUUCCUGUUUACCUGUGUAUCAGCUACCAGUCCUCAGUUGUGUUUGUGUGUGUGUAUGUGUGUGUGUGUGUGUGUGGUGGGGGGGUGUCACUGAUGAGGCCACGCCAGUAACAAAGAUUGACCAGCUGAACUGCCCCUCUCUCUACUGUUACCAUAACAACAGCUUCAACACUAAAUGUUUCCAAUCAGCUUU